AUGGCAGAGUGGCAGAAAUGCUGGCAAGGGAUCAAGGUUCCUCUGGGGAUAGCCACGUUUUUCUCAGUGCUGGCUGCAGCCGGCGGCCUGCGGUGCUACCAGUGUAUGGGGAUGUUCGAUGAAUGUGUCCAGUCGGAACAGCUGUGCACGCCCAGAGACCGCUCCUGCUUCUCCUCCACCAUCAAGCUUUUCUAUUCAAACAACUACACAGGAGUGUUUAUGCUGCCAGACUUGGAAAUAGCGGAGUACGUGAUGAAGGGCUGCUCGGGGGAAGGCGUGUCCAACCGCACUGCCAACGUGUACUCGGAAGAUGACUGGGAGGUCCACAACACCUACUAUUGUAACACGGAUCUUUGCAACACCCGCUUCACAGGCACUCCGCCCAUGAAUCCCCAGGCACCCAACGGCAUGGAAUGUUACAGCUGCUUUGAUCGCGGGACAGGGGAAUGCACUCACGAGAAUACCACCCGCAUCAAGUGUUUGGGGGACAUGGACCAGUGCAUGGAUUUCACUGUGAUAGAUGGUUCCUGGAAGAUGACCUAUCGGACGUGUGCCCUCGAAACCCUCUGCCAGCGGCAGUACGUGCUGCCAGAACUUUCAGGCCGGCUGGAGAUCAGCUGCUGUUCUACCCCACUGUGUAAUGAUGGCCGGCCGGGACUCAAGAGCAUCUGCAGCCAUUUUUCAGAACAAGGGAUCAAGCGAAAGCCUGCCAAUGGGCUAGAAUGUGCCAGCUGCUGUGAAUCGGGUCGAGGUGAAUGCGCCCCAGGAAACUGGACUCACAUCAAGUGUGUUGGGGAGCAGAAGAUGUGUGUGAAUGUCACAGAGGGUGGCCAAACCUUGCUGCGUGGUUGCAGUCUGGAGAAGCUCUGUUGGGAGAAGCCCCAGUUGCUGGGUCUCAGUCGCAAUGCUUCCAUCCGAUGCUGCUCUGGCUCCCACUGCAACACAGCACCAGCAGGAGGCGCUGCUUGGAUACAUCUGCUGCUGCCUGCUGUCUUGCUGAUGACGUGGCUACUCUGA